UGACCGUCUGAAGGAACAUUUACUUAAUUUGGUAUAUGUAAUAAAUUAUCAUAGAAAAGCUCAUUCCUGAUGUUGUUUUGUAGUGGGUUGUACCCACUGUUCAGGUCUGGGGCAAGUGAUCUGUGUGGUGCUUGUAUCCAUAUUCAAGUCUCCCUUAACUUGAGUUCUGAUGAUGACUUUGACCAUCAGUGUGACUUGGAAGGGCAAUUAAGUUCACAUGAAUCUGUCAGUGGUAGUUCUUCAGUUGAGGAUAAUGUGCAAGACAUCAGAUCAAUGAUUUCCACUCAGGAUCACACUUUGCCUGUUAAAUCAACACAGCAUGAAACAAACAAACAGCUGCCAGUCACUGAAGCUGAGGACAACACAUUCAUGGCACAUGUAAUUAUUGAACAAGCACUUCACCUUCCUACAGUUCCAGGAGACAAUGAUGCAAGAUUACUGCCCAAUGUGUAUGUUUCUUAUCAAACACUUGCCUCCUUACCCCUGGCAUCUACACCAGUUGUCAAGUCUUCAUGUAAUCCGAAAUGGGAAUAUCAGAAGCUGGAGAGGAUCAGUUACACUUCACUUAAAUCACAGGAUCUUGUCUUCAAGGUGUGGCAUACCCCCGAAACACACAAAAAAGGUGAACCCACUGAAACACCAGAGUCUGCUGGAAGAAGGGUAGACAGCUUUGCCAUUGAGCACCGUAUUAUUGGAUCUGUGUCGUUUGAUUUGUCACCACUGUUGGCAGGUAUGAGGCAAUUAAUUGGCUGGUACAAUGUGACUGAUUUCAAUGGAGACUGCCAAGGACAGAUCAAGGUAACAUGAGUUAAUCAUGAUUUUGCUGUCGAGAACUUUUGUACGCUUAAUUUUGUCCUGUUGGUAAUACAAUGUUACUGUCAAUCUUAUAAAACUGUGGACACCUAAAAGAUGUCUGGGUUGUUUAUUGUGUUAUGACCAAUCACAAGCAAGAUCUUCAGACCAUAGAAACUACAGAAAAUGGAUGGGUUUCCAUCUGAUUUUUGGUUUUCGCUUUGUCCUAAGAUAUACCCUCAAUCUUUAUAUACUAGCUGUGACUUCAUACCGAGAGCCACAUCCAGUAGAUGGUUUGAGAGAUUUUGACACACUGAAUUGACUAGCUGACGGACGUGACCACUUCUCAGGCAAACAACGGUCAGUUUGACAUGGCUACAAAUAGGAAUUGUAGAAAAUAUAAAAUUAUGGCAGUUUUGCCAUGCAUGGUUACAUAACCUUGCUAUCAUCUUUGCUUAUACUAGUGACUCAAUUUAUUUUUGCA